GACUACACUGUACACGCGCUGACAGCCGUCAACAUCCUCCCUCCUAAAAUGACCGCCUCCAACCCGGAAAGCGGUGUCAUUCUCUCUCAUACAACCUUUCAAGGAGGUGCUCAUCUGCAAUUACAGACAGUGAGAUACGGUUAGAGCAGUCUCAAGGCCAUCCUCUUCAGCAGCCAUGCCACGCAUUGAAAAUGAUAUCAAGCUCGACUUCAAGGACGUGCUGCUUCGACCCAAAAGAAGCACUCUCAAAUCUCGCAGUGAGGUGGAUCUCAUGCGCAGUUUUACAUUCAGAAACUCAAAGGGCAGCUACCGUGGGAUUCCCAUCAUAGCUGCCAACAUGGACACCGUGGGGACUUUUGAAAUGGCCUUAGCCUUACAUCAGUUUAGUCUAUUUACAGCCAUCCAUAAGCAUUAUGAUGUGGAUGACUGGAAGGAGUUUGCAGCCAAGCACCCAGAAUGCUUACAGAGUUUAGCAGUUAGCACGGGGACGAGUGACGGGGACUUUGAGAAACUGGGGGCCAUCGUGUCUGCUGUACCUCAGAUUCAUUACAUAUGUGUGGAUGUGGCUAAUGGCUACUCUGAACACUUUGUCAACUUCGUCAAAGACGUGAGGCAGAAGUUCCCCACGCACACUAUCAUGGCCGGCAAUGUGGUCACUGGCGAGAUGGUUGAGGAGCUGAUUCUUGCUGGUGCUGACAUCAUCAAAGUGGGCAUUGGACCAGGUUCUGUGUGCACCACUCGUAAGAAGACUGGUGUGGGUUAUCCUCAGCUGAGUGCAGUCAUUGAGUGUGCUGACGCUGCACACGGUCUGGGUGGACACAUCAUAUCUGAUGGGGGUUGCACCUGCCCAGGCGACGUCUCCAAAGCAUUUGGUGCGGGAGCUGACUUUGUGAUGCUGGGAGGAAUGCUUGCUGGCCAUUCUGAGAGUGGGGGCGAAAUCAUAGAGAAAAACGGCAAGAAGUACAAACUGUUCUAUGGCAUGAGCUCAGACACGGCCAUGAAGAAGCAUGCAGGAGGCGUAGCAGAGUACAGGGCAUCGGAGGGUAAAACAGUUGAAAUGCCUUACAAAGGGCCUGUGGAGAUGACCGUGAAAGAUGUGCUGGGUGGAGUUCGUUCCAGCUGCACAUAUGUGGGUGCUGGCAAGCUGAAAGAGCUGAGUCGUCGUACCACCUUCAUUAGGGUGACCCAACAACUCAACACAGUGUUUGGGAAUGAUAAUUAAGCAAGUAUUAUGGUCUAACCAGGUCCAUAUUGAUGCCAAAUCCAUGCAAAGGUCAUUUUAUUCUGUCUGGAGACAGAUGCACACACAUAUGCAUAUUCCCACACACACACACCUCACAUACACACCUCACAUCAUCAUUUAGUGUUUUUGGGCUUGCAUAUAAGCUUUUGAAUUCAAAGGAUUUCCCCAGAUGUUGUAUUAAGGCCUAAAGCAACUGAAUGGCCUUUUUAUUUUUGAAUAAUCACUAUUUGAAAACUUCUAAUUUGGGAUUGAUGAGUUUUCAAGGACACUGUGAUACCAGCUUCUUACAUUCUGUCUGUUUUAGUCUUAUACUACACUGUAGUACAAUGAGAACAUCAUUUUGGUUUAUUACACCGUACUGAAAGUGUAGUCUGUGUUUUAGGUCAUACUCUUAAAAUCUUGAGUUUGUUCUCUGUUCAUUUGGCUAAAAAAAAACUCUAUUAGAGCCUUAUAUUUUUAGACCUUGUAGUUUUUAGCUGAAUGUCUAUGCCUAAUUCCUUAUAUUUACAUAUAUUUCUGGGAUUCUCUGAUAACUUUCUGAUUCAUCAUUCUGUUCACUGGACCAAUGCAGAUCUUUGUAAGGAUUAUUAAAGUAUUAGUGGUAUAUUAUACAAUAUGCUUAAAAACCUCUGUUAUAAACAACCAUUAUAUUAAAUAGAAUAUAUUUGAAGAUCAAGCAAGGAUAUUUUUUACCCUUUUAAUGGUUUCUUCUGUGUUUGUAUUUAACAUUUGCAGUGAUAUUACACACUCUUUUGAAGUCAUACUCUGUUCCUGUAUAAGCAUUGGCAUUAUUUUAUGCAUUUGAGCUUGGUUUGAUCAUUAGACAUACUGCAUCCUUUAAACUUUAAUUUCUCAACUCUUAAUUAACCUUAAUGAUUUAAUUGUGUUUUUUGGUUAUUCAUUGCAUACUUUUGGCAUUCCAUUACAGUUCUCAUUGAUUGUGAUUUAAAGUUGCUGCUGGAGCAGAUAUUAGUGAAUUUUUAAGAAAUACAUUUUCACCAACUUACAUAUUUUGCUGAAAACCAGAGGAUUGUGUUCCUUAUAUUUCGCUGUAGUUAAUCUCUAUUGUAUUCUAUAGUGAAAAUAAAUAAUUUGGAUGAUCACUGAA